AUGGUUCCCUCUCCUACCCAAGCCAGCUCUCCAGCUGCGCCCCGCCAGCCGUCGUCCAAAGCCUCCGUCGCAGCGCCCCAGCUCAAUAGUGACAUGGAAAUGGGCACCAUGGCUUCCGACCAGCUCGCCGCCCGGGAGGAUGGGCAGGACGACAUUAUGCAGAUAUCGCGCCUCGGCGAUAUCCAAGGCAUGGAGAAAUUGUUUGAGACCGCCGGCUACGACGCCACAUAUACAGACGAGGAAGGCAUCACGCCGUUGCACUGGGCUGCUAUCAACAAUCAGUACGCCAUGUGCAAAUUCCUCAUCGAACACGGGGCCGAGAUCAACCGAAAGGGCGGCGAGUCUGUUGCGACGCCUCUGCAAUGGGCUGCGCAGCGCUGCCACUACUACACCGUCAACCUCCUGCUACAACACGGCGCCGACCCUCUGAUCACCGACGCCCAGGGCUACAACACACUGCACAUCUCGACCUUCAAUGGCAAUGUCCUCCUGAUAGUGCUACUGCUCCACCAGGGCAUCCCCGUCGACGUACUCGACAGCUUUGGCCACACCGCGCUCAUGUGGGCGGCAUACAAGGGGUUUCCCCAGUGCGUCGACGUCUUCUUGCGCUGGGGUGCCGAUGUUCACGGCGUCGAUGAACAGGGCUUCACACCUCUGCACUGGGCUUUGGUUAAGGGCAACCCAAUGUGUGUGAUGAAGCUGAUUGAAUACGGCGCGGACCGAUUUGCCAAGACCGAGGCGGGCAAAACGCCGGAAAUGACCGCCACGGAGUUGGGCACUGACCGGGCGUGGCACUCUGCGCUCAGGGAGUGUGGCUACGACGAAGAUGGUCAGCCUGUGAUGCCCCCAUGGCCGGGCGCGACCUACUUCUUGCAGGACAAGAGGAAUUUUGUGCUGAGGUUUACCUUUCUUAUGCCCUUCCUGCUCGUGUGGGCGAUGAUCAUGGUCCUCUCGCAUUCUCCGGUGUUCCUGGGAAUACCGCUGGCUUUGUUCGUCGGUUUCAGCAUACAAUAUUCGGCGCAGCAAGUACUGCAGUAUGCGCCGUCGACUAUGAGGGCCUUCCACAAGACUCCUUGGCUCACCGGUAUUUUUGCGGGAUCCCUUUUCCUCGUAGGCCUCAACUGGCUUUUUGUCGUCCUGCCUGCGACGACUACGGGUGCCGACACCGCCGGCGGUACGCACUAUAUCUUGAACAUCAUAUUCGCCACCUUCCUUGGCCUCACGACCUACUUUUACGUGGCCUCGAUGCGGUUUGAGCCUGGCUUCGUGCCCAAGUUGAACGGGAUCGCGGAGCAAAAGGCGGUGAUUGACGAGUUGCUCAAGUCGUGGAAGUAUGAUGAAUUCAACUUUUGCGUGCAAUGCAUGAUAAGGACACCAUUGCGAAGCAAGCACUGCAAGGCCUGCCAGCGCUGCGUGGCCAAGCAUGACCACCACUGCCCCUGGGUCUACAACUGCGUUGGAGUCAACAACCACCGCCACUUCUUCCUCUACCUCGUUUGCCUGACGAUUGGCAUCUUGUCCUACGACUGGCUCUUGUAUUACUACUUUACCACAAUCUCCACGACCGCCUCGGAGAGCUGCAACGUGCUCAGCGACAACCUUUGCAAGAUUGUCAACGCCGACGCAUACAGCAUGGUUCUCUCGCUCUGGGCGACACUGCAGCUCACCUGGGUGACCAUGCUGCUUUUCACACAGUCCUUCCAGGUCGCUCGGGCCAUGACCACCUAUGAAAACAUGUACGGCGUGCACGACAGUGUAGGCGGCCUGGCAUUCACGUCCACCGGUCACCCCCUGGAUCCCAACCACCCGUCCGUCUCCGCCCCAGGCGGCGCCGGCGUCGGAGGCCACAACCACAAGGCAAAGGGCGGCAAAAUCAAGCAAUGGGGCCGUCUCCUUGGUAUCGAUCCCUUCCUCGAGACCAUCGCUGGACGCGGCGCCGUCGGCGGCGGCAAGAGGAAGCAGAAGAAGAACCCGUACAGCCGGGGCCUCAUUGCCAAUUGCAAGGACUUUUGGUGCGACCCUGCGCCUGUCUUUGGCCGUCGGGAGAAUGGCGUGGCGGCGUUGGGUGGGGAGCGCGUCGACUACACCAUGAUGUAUGAGAGUCCGACCAUGAUGAACCUGGGACGACGAGGCAGGGACGGCUAUGAAGCUGUUGGUUCCGAGGAGGUGUAG